UAAUAUAAUGAUAAGAGUGUUACUGAUUUUAAUCGUAAAUAUCCAGAGUUUUAAAGCAUAUAAAUUAAAUGAUCCUCCGCCAAUUUGUUCAUCUUACGAAAUGUUAAUAGUGAAUACUAAACAGUGUGUUUCCCGAUGUCCCAUACGUUGUAAAAAUGAAAUAUGUUUCGAAGAUGGAGAAUGUCCGUGUGAAAAUUCGUACAUAACAUCCUUUGGAGAUGGCUUGGUUUGUGGAAAACCCUGUCUUCCUGGUUGUAUACAGGCUGGUGGCUACUGUGCUGCACCUCAAAGAUGUAUAUGUACUCAAAAGGGAUCAUAUUUUGAUCCUGUUUCAAGGAAGUGCCAAAAAUAUCAUCUAUUUAAAGAUCGAUGUGGAGGGAGAUGUCUUUAUGGUAACUGUACGCAUGAUGGAAAGUGCAACUGUUUUGAAGGAUUUAAGUACAACGAUAAUUUAUUUGGACAGCUAUGUAGCCCCGUUUGUAAACAGGACUGCGGAAGAAGAGGAUACUGUUUCCUUCCGAACAUGUGUGCGUGUCGUAAAAAACAUUAUCACUACCAAUCUGAUGGGCUAUGUCAUAAAGAUGAUGAUUAUAUUUUUUAAUAUAAACUGUAUUUUCUUUUACGGUAAUAUUAUGUAAAACUUAGCUAGAAAAAUAAACUGCAUUUGUAAUACAUAUGUACUACCUA